UCUAGUCAUGGCGAACCACAGGAUUCCACGGACAACGAUGAUCUUCACCCCUUGGGCGAAGACACUGCUGCCCAGUCCGAGUCCUCUGACAACACCGACUCCAUGGCGAAUUUGGCGACUGCCGAGGAACCAGUCCCAAACCCAGGAGUCGAGAAUUUGAUGGAAAUAGACCAAGCAGCCAGGGACAAGUUUAUUCAAAAUAUGAGAGAUUUGUCGUGGGACGAGUUUGAUAAGAUCAGGAAGAGUCUCCCGAAGAGGCCUAUUCUCCGACCGGCGAAUUGGGCUAGGGGUGACGAGAACCAUGCGUGGCCCGAGAAGCUUCCCGAAGCAAGAGACAGUCCUGGAGUCGACCAGACCUCAGGCGUCUACCAAACACUUGCAGAGCCUCGGAAUGACAAGAAUGCGGACUCCCUUGAGCCCUGGCCUGCACCCGAGAACCCGGGCGACGCCUCGAGAUCCAUUGCCGACAAGAUUGACAGCAAUGACGCAGUAUUCAGCUGGUCGGAGGUUACAAUAGAUACGCCGGAGUAUCGUGCUGGUGCAAUUCUCAGCACCAGCCUCAAUUGCAGGCAUACGAAAGCUCUCCUCGUAUGUUCCCUAUUGUUGAGAACGGCAAGCUCACACUCACAUCACGAUAUGAUGAAACGGUCUAUGACCCUUAACUUUUCCCCUUUGAUGAUUGGGAACCUCAGAUUUGGCCACGAAGAACUCCUGAAUUUCCUCGUGGUGGUCCCUAACAAGGAUGCCAGGGAACAGUUUCGGCACUGGUGGCACCAGCUUCCGCUGGGCUUUCACAAAGUAGACAUCUGUCACACUGCCUUCUUCGACGGAACCGCGAUGCCCAUGGAGACCCCGAGUGAUCUGCCGAAUGAAGCCACACGUCUUCACUGGCACAAGACUGUUGCUGGGUUCAUUUACAACCCGGGACCUGACUAUCAGAAACAAAAGCGUGAGGAAGUCGAAAUGCGAUGCGAUACACCAUAUCAAGCUUGGCGGGACCGGCCUCCUGAUUCAAGAGCCGUUCCACCCCACGUCUACCUGCGCCCUGCAGAGGACCUCGAUAUUGGAGGGGUUGUCGAAAUCAUGAACUGGUAUACACGGAAGACAUCUUUGAGUCGCGACAUUGAGCCUUGGACAUUUGGGGAUUAUGACGACAUUCACGAAUUGUGCCGAAAGAAUAGGUUUCCGUUCUUGAUUGCUGCUCGGCGAGAUCAUGAGGAUUUGACCCGCUCAGGGUUGAUGCGACUGUCGGACACAUGUGUGGGCGAGUUGCUCGUCUUCGUAGAGGAAGACUACAAGAAGAUCACAUUGGCCGAGCCCUGGUUGGCAUGA